CCCAAAAUACAUGAAUAUUCGAAGGUGACGGCUCUCUUGAUCUUGUACUUUGUGUAUGUAGUCAGCAUCGAGAUGACGACAAGGUCAUGGUAGUGUUUGCCUUUCUUGUUUUUUAAGAUUUAGUUCCAGUUGCAGUUUUUCUUUUUUUCAUGUUCAUGAUCUGUACCGGUAGUAAAUCUACAAGAACUACAUAAGCGUCGUACCUAGUACUAGACGAAAAAAGAUUUCCCCAAAAUGAAAGAGCUUCAACCGUGUCCCGCUGACAAGGUGGGAACGCUGGAGGACCCGAACUUGACGCUCAUCCAGCGAAUGCGACUGUUGACGCAGGAGAUGCGCAGAAACUCGCUCAAGGUCGAGGGUUUACAGCAGGAGCUGAAUCUGGCACGGCGUACUCGCGACGUGCUCAUCAAGCAAAUCGACCUUGGACAUCAAGUGGCGAAUGCGUUAGCGGAAACUUCAGAUGAAGCAAAUGGAAAUGCCGACGCCCCCGCCGGGGACUCGAAUCGUAGAGAUGGAGCUCCUGGUGACGGUACGCAAACAGAGCGCGUGCUGUCCCCUGAGGAACAGGCGAAAGUGAAUGAGCUCCAGAAGAAGCUCGCAGAGUCUGAACUCGAGCUUGCGUCGAUCAACAUUGAAAAAGCCCUCACAGUCGGUGACGGAUUCGCAGGGAUUCUGAAUGAGGGAGAGCAGGAGGACGCUUUUCGCAAAAGGAGCAAGUUGGCGUUACUCCCAGCUAAAGACUGCACCAAAUCUGGCCGGUCGAACUAUGCUGUUCCGAGUCAGUUUCCCGAUGUAUCUGACAAGCACUUUGUCCUCAAAAGCCCGCUGCUAUUUAACAAAAUGACUGCAGGCGACAACGACAGCCCGCUGAUGGCAUUCACGGAAGAGGCGAUAUUCGGAGGUGGUUGCUUUUGGUGUCUAGAAGCUAUUUUUUGG